CUGUAGUCUGCGGUAAGGUGAGGUUUUCAGUGCAACGCAGGUGCAACUGAUGGAUGGAAAUGCAACGGCUCCUUCGAUGACAAGAAAAGGAAAAUAGAUUUCGUUUGUAGACUGUGGAGCCACUGACAUCAGACAUGGAGCUGUUGGGAUCCACCCAGAUAGCCACGUACACGCGGCCCAAGACCAGCCACUUCCUGCCGGCCAUCUCCACCAUGGCGUCCAGCUACCGUAGCCCCCACCAGCCUCCGCUCUCCGCGGCCAACCCCAACGCCAACAUGCCCUGGAGGACCAACACCUACUACAGAGCGGGCAGCGCCAUCCCGCCCUCGCUCUCCUCCGCGCUGGACCUCGUCCGCGCCAAGACCACGCUCUUCCCGUCCAACCGGGCCGGGCUGAGCGCCCGCUACAUGCCCGACGACUGGCACAAGUCCAACCAGAGCCACUACCGCGAGUCGGAGUCGUCGCGGAACAGCGCCGAGCGGCUGCGGCGCGACACGCUGCGGCUGAUGCAGGACAAGGAGCACCUGACGCGCCGCGCGCAGGAGACCACCAGCCGCAACCUGGGCGAGCGCCUCAACGACAUCGGCUUCUGGCGCUCGGAGCUCAGCCACGAGGUCAACAACAUGGUGACGGAGAUCGGCGCGCUGACCGAGGUCAAGCGCCGGCUGGAGAGGGCCCUCGCCGAGACCGAGUCCCCCCUGCAGGUGGCCCAGGAGUGCCUGUAUCACAGAGAGAAGAGGAUGUCCAUCGACCUGGUCCAUGACGAUGUGGAGAAAGACCUGAUAAAGGAGGUGGAGGGCAUCAAGUCGUGCCAGGAGAGAAUGAGGAGGCAUCUAGACAGAGCUGUGGCUCAGCUAGCCUCCAACCGGGCCGCCCAGCACGAGCUGGAGAGAGACGUCAACGACAAGGUGACAGCGCAGCGCAUCGACGACAGGUGCCACCACCUCAGGAACACAUCUGACGGCAUCAGCUAUUACAGGGGCAUCGACCGCCUCGACCCGUCACUCUCUCUGCCUGAUACUUGGUCAAAGUUCACGGACGACAACAUCCUGCUCUCGCAGAGCGAGCGCGCCGCCUCCCACAAGCUCAGGGACGACAUCGAGGUGCUCUUGAACGCCACGUCCAACGAGAUGUGGAAGCAGUUCAACACGGUCAACGUGGCGUUCACCUCACGCAUAUCGGAGACUGCCGAUGCCAAGAACAGCCUUCAGACCCACCUGGCUAAGACCCUGCAGGAGAUCUUCCAGACGGAGACGCUGAUUGAGUCCCUGAAGAGGGCCAUCAGAGACAAGGAGCCCCCGCUGAAGGUGGCCCAGACCAGGCUGGAGGAGAGGACCCGCAGGCCCAACAUGGAGCUCUGCAGGGACUACCCACACCACAGGUUGGUGGGCGAGGUGCGUGAGAUCGAGGACACCAUCCAGUGCCUGCGGGAGCGGCUGAUGGAGGCCGAGGGGACGCUGCAGACGCUGGUCAAGACCAAGGUGGCGUUGGAGCACGACCUGUCCGUCAAGGCCAACUCGCUGUUCCUGGAUCAGGAGAAGUGCAUGAGCAUGCGCAAAACCUUCCCCAGCACCCCACGCCUGGUGGGCUACUCCUAAGGAAAAAAGGAAGAAAGGAAGAAAGAAAGAAGAGUAUGUGUGUGAGAGAGAGAGAGACGAGAGAGAUAGAGAGAGAGAGAGAUAAGGGGCGCGGGUCACAUCGGAAACGAUGAAG